UGUCAAAACAGAUGAGCAGCAGUCUUAUUUGCUGUCAACUCUUGACGAGUCCCUGCUGUCUCACAUUUAGUUUGGAAAAUUAGAAAAAAUCUAGUAUUUCGGAAAGUAGCCAACCAAUUUGUAUUGUUUUCUUUCUUUCGGUGAAAAGUUGUCCAGAAAUUUAGUUUUAAUAGUUUGCAAAACAGCCAUGGGCUUUGACAUUGCCUUUAUUGUGGGACACGUGGACGAUGAGCUCCUUUGCCCCAUCUGUGCGGAUGUCCUGGAGGAGCCGGUGCAGUCGGUGGGCUGUGAACAUGCCUACUGUCGGCGUUGCAUUGAUCAAUGGAUGCGUUUGAAGCAAAUAUGUCCGGUGGAUCGAUCCAUUCUGCUGCCCGAGCAUUUGGGCAAUGUUUCCCGGCUGAUGCGCAACAUGCUGGCACGCUUGAAGAUCAAGUGCAGCUUCACGGAGAAUGGUUGCGAUCAGCUGCUGCAGCUGGAGGAUUUUCGAGCCCACGUGGCGCUCUGUGAGCAUAAUCCCAAGUUGAUUGUAGAGUGCAAAAAGGGUUGCGGCAUUAAGGUGCCCAAGGAUAAGCUAGCUAGCCAUAAUUGUGUGGAGGAGCUGCGCGAUACGGUCAAGGUUCUGUUGGACGACUUGAAGGAUUUGAAGGAGUCGCAGGCCAGUCAGCAGCUGCGCAUUGUGACCCAGCGUCGGGAGCUAGAGUUGAUGCAAUAUUACAUCUCUGCUCUACGUUCGAGUAACCCGGUUAUCCAUGGCAUUGGCGAACAACUCGAUCGCUACUCGUUGAUGCAGUGGGGCAAUGCCCUGCCCCUGGCCAGUGUCCGUAACUGGGGCAGCCUGGUCUCCACACCGGACAUACCCAUGCAUGUGAUGGUCCGUGAGAGUCUGCGGGCCAGUGGCUGCCCCAUGCACCUGUUCAACAUGAUGGUGGACCGCUGUCAUGAGGACCGUUGGCCCAAGGGUUUGUCCACCCUGAACGCUCGCCGGGAGAGCCAGCAUUUGUAUCAGUAUGUGGCACGUUUGCUGCCACCUUUGGUCAUUGGGAAGCCGUGUGUCGUUGUCCUUGGAGGUGAUAAUACUCACAUGCCGCCAGAUCUGGUGCCAGCCCUUGGUAUGGUCCUGAUCUUUGUCGAUGGGGUGACAGAGAUGCAGCAGGAACCGCAGCCGGAACUCGUCUAUGGCUGACUCUCUUGAACCCGUGUUUUUCAGGACAAAACACAUAUCCAUAUACAUGUUCUUAAGUAUUUGUCCUGGAAACAAAUGCUUUUAAUGUUUAAAAUUAACAACACAAACGAGAUGAGAACAGAUCAACACUUUCACUCAAAAUGGAACACAGAAAAACAAUACAAAUGAGUUAUAAUAAUGCAAAUGAAUAAUAAGGAAUGUCGAAAAAGUAA